CCCGUUAGGGACACUAUGGUCAGACACGAUGGUAGGUCCUUUCGUAUUGACUUGACUCCAAAUCAACAAAUCCCCUCUCCCUGCCCGUCCCCUCAACCCCCGAGGCUCCGAUUGGAGGGGGCGCUGCAGCGCUCAACAAAAGGGCCGCUGGGCAGCAGCGCUUGUACACGGCGGCGUAUAGGGGCCCUGCUGCUCGCAUUGCGGGGCGUGUCCUCCCAAGCUUCCGGCGCCCGAAGCGGAGCAGGCGGCCGGGCAGCUGUGACCGAGCGAGGCAUGGGGAAGCGGGUGGCCCUGGUGCUGGCCGGCUGCGGGGUGUUCGAUGGCAGCGAGGUGCACGAGGCCUCGGCCGCCCUGGUUCACCUCAGCAGGGGCGGGGCGCAGGUAAGGAUAUUUGCACCCAACAUAGAGCAGAUGCAUGUAGUGGAUCAUUUCAGAGGAAGUCCAACAGAAGAGAAGAGAAAUGUGUUAGUUGAAAGUGCCAGGCUAGCAAGAGGCAACAUUGAAGAUCUGGCUGAACUGAAAGUUGGUGAAUUUGAUGCACUCAUUUUUCCAGGUGGAUUUGGUGUAGCAAAGAAUCUGUGUUCCUGGGCAGUGGAUGGAAAGAACUGUACUGUCAAUGAGCUUGUGAAGUCCACUCUUCAGGCUUUCCAUAGUGCGAAGAAACCCAUUGGCUUGUGCUGUAUAUCCCCAGUGCUGGCAGCUAAAGUCUUCCCAGGUUGUGAAGUCACAGUUGGCCAAGAUAAAAAUGUAGAUGGAAGGUUUCCUGAUGCUGAAACAGCAUCUGCUAUAGUAGAACUUGGAUGCAAGCACAUUUGUAAAGAUGUUGCUGAAUCCCACGUGGAUGCCACCAACAAAAUAGUCACUACUUGUGCUUUCAUGUGCAAAGCUCCACUGCAUGAGAUCUUUGAUGGAAUAGGAACAAUGGUGGCAGAAGUCCUGAAACUCAGCUGAGGGUACUCUGACAUCUGCUAUUCCCCUGCAAUGACGUGACUACCAGUAAAUAUAAAACAUUUACCUGUACUUAACUAUAUUAAUAAAAUAAUGCAGUUAGUGA